GUGGCUGACGAUGCAUCUGAAACCGAAAGUGCGAGAGAGGGCAGUGCAUUUCCAGAUUCUGAAGGCAUCGGAUACACGGAAGAGGAGUUUGCGAAGCUUGAUCCAGAGGACCAACUGGCGCUGCAAGCUGCUGGCGACGAUCAAGAGGCGAGCAUGUCUGCGGCAUUCACGAAGCUGGUGAAUGCUCUCAUCGCGGAAGAGCGCUACGAGGUCGCGCUGCAAGCGUGCGACGAGUAUCUACCAGUGGACAGUGACCUCACAGAUCAAGUGCUUCACCUCUACCUCAAGAGUUCUCACCAGCAACCCCCAUCUGGCUCGCACGAUUCUGCCGUGCAUCGUGAGCUCUUGGACCACGAGUGCAUGUACCGAGUGAAGGGCCACACGCUGGCAGCGCAACUAACUCUGGAUAGGUAUAAACGUUGGGAUGUCGAUACGGCAGUGCAGACUCUUUCCAUGUGUCUUCAUCGCAUUGAGACUGAGCCAAGUGCAGACAGCAAUGAGGCUGGGCGAGCUGCAGCAUUGAAGCAGGAGCUUCGCAGGAUCUUGCAAAGGAUGGUUUCAUUCGAGAAGAUCCUGCAAGUCUCCGACGGACGCUGGCAAGUGUGGCAGGAGAUAGAGGACAUGAGCAAGAUGCAGGUUGGAGAGGCUGUGGAGCAUCUGCUGUCCUUGCAGCAGCAUGACAUGGCUCGCACACUCGCCCAGAUGUAUGGCAUGACAGAUCCCUUGCACUCCCUGGAACUGUCAAGAUUGCACUAUUUGUUCACUACGAAGCAUGACAAGACGAAUGCGGUCAACAGGCUGCUGUCACUGCCACCUUCACAAGCAGUCUCGUUUGCACUGCAGCUCCUGGAUAUGUUCGAUGUCAUUCAGCACCGAGCUCUUCUCUGCCAGAUGCUCUUGAAACAACUUCAGUCCUGGUUGACGCCUGGGGAGGAAGAGCGCUUGCGAGUACUGUUGGCAUCGCUGCAACUUCUGGGUGAAGUUAGUGAGACGAUGCGGCCACAUUUUCUGAAACUCCUCAGGAAACCGGAACUCAUCGUCGAAAGCCUGCUCAUGAAUGCGCGCGUCGACCUGCUGAAGAAAUUCCUCGAAGAUUUUCCAGAGUACCGGCACGACGAACUCAUUCUGCGGUACGCACGGAAAGCUUUGGCGCUGCAGUCUUCUCAGACUCCGGUUCUGACAGAAGACGCAGUCGAGGAAGACGAGAACGACGCGGAGACAAGAUUGGAAGCUGCUGCUUCCCCUGGUCACAGAGCACAUCAGGCUGAGGAUGAAGGCCUUGGCGGUCCAUGGUGCCUCACUGGUUCCUCUCGGAAGGACUUGGAAAUUCGAAGGAGGCAUCACUUCGAAGAGGCACCCAACAGUGGUCUGACAGAACGGAUCCUCGAGCUGUGCUCCGACAGCCCCGACAACGCUGCAGCAUGUUUCCACAUUUGUGACGAGCUUUCCUUUCGACUGUAUGACCUUACGCCAAAGUCCGGUCCAGGGAAGACGCUGGCCACUGCAACACCGUGGCAGCCUGGCACCCCUCUAACAUCUGUCCGGCUCCUGACGUUUUUGAUUCGACGAUUGCUGAGCUAUCUCCAAGGAAAGUUUGCAGGUGCCGGGGCAGAGGUUCAGCUGAAGCUCGAGAGAAGUCUGAAGAAUCUCGACUUCAUACCACGUCUGUGGCAUGUCAGCGGUCGCAAGGCCUCACGGGAGAAACCUUGUUGCAUCGACAUGUCUGUGUGCUUCUUGUGCUAUGCACCGACGAUGUACAGUGCUCAAGACCGCAGAUUGCUUUGUUCGCAAGCGAUGGCGGACAUAGAUUGGGAUGGUGACUAUUUCGACCUGCCAAAGGACAAGUUUAAUGCGAUGACAGCAGGCCAGCGACUGGAUCAUUUCGCGAAGAGGAUAGUGAAGCAUGGGAUGGAACGACCUUCACUUGUCUACAGGUUUCACAUAACAAUGCUCCUGGCGAACUACGGCGGGUAUUUCAUCCUGAUUGCAUUGAUGCCAAGGCCGUCCGAUCUGCCUACUUAUGACUACUCCGUCCUCCUCUUCGCGAAGCUGCUGGUUUGGCAGCACCUGGCUGAAGCUUUUGGGUGCCGACAGGGGCCGUUGAGUGGGAUGACCUUUCCAAACAAUUGGAUGUAUCGUCUCUCCAAGGGUACGUUGAAGUACUCAUGCUUGCCUCAGCUGGGUGGAACCAAAAGAAACGUCGUAGACAACGUGGUUCACUGGCUCUUCUUCAUCACCGGUUGGGGCUUCCUGCUUUGUCCCUGGUACAGUUUCUACUGCAUCAGAGCACUUUUCUUCUGCGAUGUGUAUCUUUUUGUCUUCGACAGAACGCAGUUCUAUGCUGGCACUGCUCAUGCUUACGGGAGUAUGAUUUUCGCUGCAUGCUUUCCAUUGGACACUGGCAGUUUUGCAGGAAUGCAGCUGGGAUUGAUUAUGCAAUGGUUCUUCUCAGGGAUUGGAAAGAUUGGACCUUGGUUUCAGUACGUGAACGGACCUUUCAUGCUGCAGUCAAGAUGGCUGCGCGGAAGCAAAUGGCUCCGAACGUUGCUGAUCGAGUCGGAAGAUAAAAUGACACCUACGUGGUUUGGUACAUGCCUUGCCCACUUUGCAGCUUUUGUCGAGUACUUCGCUCCCAUUGCGUUGAUGGUGCCGUCCACGGCCGCCAUUUGGCUGGGCUUGAUUGGUUUGACCGCUAUGCAUGUUUACAUAUUGCUGACACCGGCACCUUUCGACGUGUACUCGUGGAAUUUAUGUUUCUGCCUGAGCGGCAUCUAUUUGUUUUACAUCGGAAACUUUGGCUUCGACUGGGCGAGUUGGACAACCAUGAACGUUGGGCUACGGCUCUGGUUUCUGGCAGAGUUCUGUUUGUGCUGGUAUGGGCAGUUUUUUCCCGACGAUGUGGGGUAUUACCUCAGCCACCGAUAUUGGGCCGGCAACUGGGUGCAAACACAUUUCAUGGUCAGAAAGACUCAGACCGUGAAGGAAAAGCUGGACAAAGUGGAUCCGCCACUUGCCGUGCAUUGUUAUUUGAAGCCUUUUUGGAUGUCGGCAGUACCCCCCCAGCCGAUGUCCUUUGCUUACGUCGACAGAUGUCGACAGUGUAUUGAGUCGAGGGGCGGAAUUUUGACUAUGCAGUCAAUGUCUCGGUGUGUGCGUUCUAUCAUAUUCAUGUCAAUGUGUUUCUCGUUAUAG